CCAUUAGUUGUGCAUCGUCAUUGUGGGCAGAGGGCAUGAGCUGUGAGGUGGAGAAGGCAGUAAUUCAGAACUACAUGUGAUAUCUGCAACCACAGCCUGCUCAAAGACAGCAUGUUGGCUUUGUAAAUUUUUUGGAGAAUAUUAAAAACUUAGACUUUACAAGAAGAGUAGCUAAUGGAAAAGGCUGAUAAUUUGUGACACCCCAAUGUUUGAUUGUCAGUUUUUAAGACAGUUGGCAGAAAUUAUACAAGGAAAACUAUGAAAAGACAAAGGCAAAGAGCAUAAAUUACUGUGAGACACCCAAAUUUCAGCUGGAUACAGUUCUGCAGAACUUCAGUAGCGAUACUAAAUAUAAAGAUUCCUACUUAAAGAAUAUUUUGGGACAUUAUGUAGGCAGCUUUGAGGACCCGUAUUAUACACAUUGCAUGAAAGUCGCAGCUGAAAACAGUGAUAAAAAUUACAAAGCAGAAUAUGAAGAGGACAGAGGCAAAGGCUUCUUCCCCCAGACCAUAACUCAAGAAUAUGAAACAAUCAAGAAACUAGAUCAGUGUAAAGAUAAUACCUACAAAGUUCACCCAGACAAGACAAAAUUCACCCAAGUUACUGACUCUCCUGUUUUGGUGCAAGCCCAGAUCAACUCCAAACAACUGAGUGAUCUAAAUUACAAAGCGAAACACGAAAAUGAAAAAUUCAAGUGCCAUAUUCCCCCAGACACUCCUGCCUUCAUUCAGCACAAAGUCAAUGCUUAUAACCUGAGUGAUAAUGCUUAUAAGGAAGACUGGGAGAAGAGUAAAGCUAAGAAAUUUGACAUUAAAGUGGAUGCCAUUCCGCUCUUGGCAGCCAAAGCCAACAGCAGGAACUUUAGUGAUGUGUUGUACAAGAAAGACUAUGAAAAAAGCAAAGGGAAAAUGAUUGGAGCCCUCAGCAUUAAUGAUGAUCCUAAGAUGCUGCACUCUUUGCAGACGGCCAAAAACCAGAGUGACAAAUUAUACAAGGAGAACUAUGAGAAGACAAAGGCAAAGAGCGUGAAUUACUGUGAGACUCCUAAAUAUCAACUUGACACUCUGCUGAAGAACUUUGGCGAGAAUAAAUAUAAGGAUUCAUAUGUAAAGGAUAUCUUGGGACAUUAUGUGGGCAGCCCUGAAGACCCAUAUCAAAUGCACUGCAGGAGAGUUGCCGCCCAAAAUAGUGAUAAAAACUACAAAGCAGAAUAUGAAGAAGAUAAAGGGAAAUGCUACUUCCCUCAGACAAUAACCCAAGAAUAUGAAGCCAUCAAGAAGCUAGACCAGUGUAAAGAUCAUACCUACAAAGUUCAUCCAGAUAAAACCAAAUUCACGGCUGUCACUGACUCUCCUGUACAGUUGCAAGCCCAGCGCAAUACGAAACAGCUGAGUGAUCUGAGUUACAAAGCAAAACAUGAAAGUGAGAAGUUCAAGUGCAAUGUACCUGCAGAUGCUCCACAGUUUAUCCAACAUAGAAUCAAUGCUUAUAACCUGAGUGACAAUGUUUAUAAGCAUGACUGGGAGAAGAGCAAAGCUAAGAAGUUUGACAUUAAAGUGGACGCCAUUCCCCUGCUGGCAGCCAAAGCCAACAGCAGGAACGUUAGUGAUGUGUUGUACAAGAAAGACUAUGAAAAAAGCAGAGGGAAAAUGAUUGGAGCCCUCAGCAUAAAUGACGAUCCCAAGAUGCUGCACUCUUUGCAGACAGCGAGAAACCAGAGUGACAGAUUAUACAAGGAGAACUACGAGAAGACAAAGGCAAAGAGUGUGAAUUACUGCGAGACUCCUAAAUAUCAACUUGACACUCUGCUGAAGAACUUUGGCGAGAAUAAAUAUAAGGAUUCAUAUGUAAAGGAUAUCUUGGGACAUUAUGUGGGCAGCCCUGAAGACCCAUAUCAAAUGCACUGCAGGAGAGUUGCCGCCCAAAAUAGUGACAAAAACUACAAAGCAGAAUAUGAAGAAGAUAAAGGGAAAUGCUACUUCCCUCAGACAAUAACCCAAGAAUAUGAAGCCAUCAAGAAGCUAGACCAGUGUAAAGAUCAUACCUACAAAGUUCAUCCAGAUAAAACCAAAUUCACGGCUGUCACUGACUCUCCUGUACAGUUGCAAGCCCAGCGCAAUACAAAACAGCUGAGUGAUCUGAGUUACAAAGCAAAACAUGAAAGUGAGAAGUUCAAGUGCAAUGUACCUGCAGAUGCUCCACAGUUUAUCCAACAUAGAAUCAAUGCUUAUAACCUGAGUGACAAUGUUUAUAAGCAUGACUGGGAGAAGAGCAAAGCUAAGAAGUUUGACAUUAAAGUGGAUGCCAUUCCCCUGCUGGCAGCCAAAGCCAACAGCAGGAAUAUUAGUGAUGUGUUGUACAAGAAAGACUAUGAAAAAAGCAGAGGGAAAAUGAUUGGAGCCCUCAGCAUUAAUGACGAUCCCAAGAUGCUGCACUCCUUGCAGACGGCCAAAAACCAGAGUGACAGAUUAUACAAGGAGAACUAUGAGAAGACAAAGGCAAAGAGUGUGAAUUACUGCGAGACUCCUAAAUAUCAACUUGACACUCUGCUGAAGAACUUUGGCGAGAAUAAAUAUAAGGAUUCAUAUGUAAGGGAUAUCUUGGGACAUUAUGUGGGCAGCCCUGAAGACCCAUAUCAAAUGCACUGCAGGAGAGUUGCCGCCCAAAAUAGUGACAAAAACUACAAAGCAGAAUAUGAAGAAGAUAAAGGGAAAUGCUACUUCCCUCAGACAAUAACCCAAGAAUAUGAAGCCAUCAAGAAGCUAGACCAGUGUAAAGAUCAUACCUACAAAGUUCAUCCAGAUAAAACCAAAUUCACGGCUGUCACUGACUCUCCUGUACAGUUGCAAGCACAGCGCAAUACAAAACAACUGAGUGAUCUGAGUUACAAAGCAAAACAUGAAAGUGAGAAGUUCAAGUGCAAUGUACCUGCAGAUGCUCCACAGUUUAUCCAACAUAGAAUCAAUGCUUAUAACCUGAGUGACAGUGUUUAUAAGCAUGACUGGGAGAAGAGCAAAGCUAAGGAGUUUGACAUUAAUAUGGACGCCAUUCCCCUGCUGGCAGCCAAAGCCAACAGCAGGAACGUUAGUGAUGUGUUGUACAAGAAAGACUAUGAAAAAAGCAGAGGGAAAAUGAUUGGAGCCCUCAGCAUUAAUGACGAUCCCAAGAUGCUGCACUCCUUGCAGACGGCCAAAAACCAGAGUGACAUAUUAUACAAGGAGAACUAUGAGAAGACAAAGGCAAAGAGCGUGAACUACUGCGAGACUCCUAAAUAUCAACUUGACACUCUGCUGAAGAACUUUGGCGAGAAUAAAUAUAAAGAUUCAUAUGUAAAGGACAUCUUGGGACAUUAUGUGGGCAGCCCUGAAGACCCAUAUCAAAUGCACUGCAGGAGAGUUGCCGCCCAAAAUAGUGACAAAAACUACAAGGCAGAAUAUGAAGAAGAUAAAGGAAAAUGCUACUUCCCUCAGACAAUAACCCAAGAAUAUGAAGCCAUCAAGAAGCUAGACCAGUGUAAAGAUCAUACCUACAAAGUUCAUCCAGAUAAGACCAAAUUCACAGCUGUCACUGACUCUCCCGUACAGUUGCAAGCCCAGCGCAAUACGAAACAGCUGAGUGAUCUGAAUUACAAAGCAAAACAUGAAAGUGAGAAGUUCAAGUGCAAUGUACCUGCAGAUGCUCCACAGUUUGUCCAACAUAGAAUCAAUGCUUAUAACCUGAGUGACAAUGUUUAUAAGCAUGACUGGGAGAAGAGCAAAGCUAAGAAGUUUGACAUAAACAUGGACGCCAUUCCCCUGCUGGCAGCCAAAGCCAACAGCAGGAAUGUUAGUGAUGUGUUGUACAAGAAAGACUAUGAAAAAAGCAGAGGGAAAAUGAUUGGAGCCCUCAGCAUUAAUGACGAUCCCAAGAUGCUGCACUCUUUGCAGACGGCCAAAAACCAGAGUGAUCGUGAAUACCGUAAAGAUUAUGAAAAGUCAAAAACGGUCUACACGGCACCUCUUGAUAUGGUCCAAAUCACUCAUGCAAAGCAAUCUCAGGCAAUUGCCAGUGACGUGGACUAUAAGCAUCUCAUACACAAUUACAGCUACCCACCAGAUAGCAUCAACGUGGACCUCGCCAAAAAGGCUUAUGCACUGCAGAGUGAUGUUGAAUACAAAGCCGACUACAAUAGCUGGAUGAAAGGUUGUGGCUGGGUUCCAUUUGGAUCCUUAGAAGUGGAAAAGGCCAAGCGAGCUUCGGACAUUCUUAAUGAGAAAAAAUAUCGCCAACACCCAGACACUCUCAAGUUCACCUCGAUCGAAGAUGCUCCGAUCAUAGUACAAUCUAAAAUCAAUCAGGCCCAGAGAAGCGAUGUCGUUUACAAAGCCAAAGGAGAGGAAAUUCUUCACAAAUACAGUCUGCCGGCUGACUUGCCCCAGUUCAUUCAGGCAAAAGUCAACGCCUACAAUAUCAGUGAGAAUAUGUACAAAGCGGACUUGAAAGACUUGAGCAAGAAGGGAUAUGACCUGAGGACUGACGCGAUUCCAAUCAAAGCUGCUAAGGCUGCCAGGCAGGCGGCGAGUGAUGUUCAAUACAAGAAAGAUUAUGAAACAGCCAAAGGGAAAAUGAUUGGUUUCCAAAGUCUACAAGAUGAUCCAAAAUUGGUUCACUAUGUAAAAGUGGCCAAGCUACAAUCAGAUCGGGAAUACAAAAAAGACUAUGAGAAGACAAAGACCAGGCACAACACACCUCGUGACAUGUUCAACAUUGUAGCAGCUAAGAAAGCUCAGGAUGCUGUCACCAAUGUCAACUAUAAGCAUCCUCUCCAUCGUUACACCUACCUGCCUGAUGCCAUGGGCCUGGAGUUGUCUAAAAACAUGAUGCACAUUCAGAGCGAUAAUGCCUACAAGGAAGACUAUAACUCCUGGAUGAAAGGCAUUGGCUGGAUCCCUAUUGGCAGUCUCGACUUAGAAAAAGUUAAAAAGGCAGGAGAUGCCCUGAAUGAAAAGAAAUACAGGCAGCAUCCAGACACCCUCAAAUUUACCAGCAUCGUCGACUCUCCAGUUAUGGUUCAGGCCAAACAGAACACUCAGCAAGUUAGCGAUAUCUUAUACAAAGCUAAAGGUGAAGAUGCGAAGCAUAAAUACACCAUGAGUCCUGAUCUUCCUCAGUUUCUCCAGGCCAAGUGCAAUGCUUACAAUAUCAGUGACGUAUGUUAUAAACGGGACUGGCAUGAUUUAAUAGCCAAGGGCACCAAUGUGCUGAGUGACGCUAUUCCCAUCACUGCAGCCAAGGCGUCAAGAAACAUCGCUAGUGACUAUAAAUACAAGGAAGCCUAUGAAAAGUCAAAGGGAAAGCAAGUGGGUUUCAGAAGUCUCCAAGAUGAUCCCAAGCUAGUCCAUUAUAUGAAUGUGGCAAAGAUGCAGUCUGAUCGUGAAUACAAGAAAAACUACGAGAACACCAAAACUAGCUAUCAUACCCCUGGGGACAUGGUCAGCAUUACAGCUGCAAAGAUGGCCCAGGAUGUUGCAACCAAUGUCAACUACAAACAGCCGUUACAUCAUUACACAUACCUACCUGAUGCCCUGAGUCUCGAGCAUAGCAGGAAUGUGAAUCAAAUUCAGAGUGAUAAUAUAUAUAAAGAUGAAUACAACCAGUUCUUCAAGGGCAUGGGAUGGAUCCCUAUUGGUUCUCUGGAAGUCGAGAAAGCCAGGAAAGCAGGUGAAGCAUUAAAUGAGAAGAAGUAUCGGCAGCACCCAGACACCAUCAAGUUCACAAGUGUGCCUGACUCGAUGGGUAUGGUUUUGGCUCAGCAGAACACGAAGCAGCUGAGUGAUUUGAACUACAAGGUGGAGGGGGAGAAACUGAAACACAAGUACACUAUGGACCCCGAAUUGCCUCAGUUUAUUCAGGCCAAGGUCAAUGCUCUCAACCUGAGUGAGGCUCAUUACAAAGCAGACUGGAAGAAAACCAUUGCUAAGGGCUAUGAUUUGAGAACAGAUGCUAUUCCAAUAGUUGCCGCAAAAAGUUCACGGAGUAUUGCUAGUGAUUUCAAAUAUAAGGAGGCUUAUGAGAAAGCCAAAGGCAAACAAAUUGGAUUUCUCAGUCUUCAGGAUGACCCUAAGCUGGUUCACUACAUGAAUGUGGCUAAACUACAGUCAGAUCAUGAGUACAGAAAGAACUACGAAGCCACCAAGACCAGGUAUCACAUACCCUUGGAUAUGGUCAGUAUGACAACGGCAAAGAAAUCUCAGGAAGCCACUACCAACACCAACUAUAGACAGCCCUUCCACAACUACACGCUGCUGCCAGACGCCAUGAAUGUGGAACACUCCAGGAACGCGAUGCAGAUUCAGAGCGAUAACCUAUACAAAUCUGACUUUACCAACUGGAUGAAAGGGAUUGGCUGGAUCCCGAUACAGUCGCUGGACGUCGAGAAGGUUAAGAAAGCAGGAGAGAUACUUAGUGAGAAGAAAUACCGCCAGCACCCGGAGAAGCUGAAGUUCACCUACUCCAUGGACACAAUGGAACAAGUACUCAACAAAAGGAACAAACUGAAUAUGGAUAAGAGGCGCUACAUUGAAAAAUGGAACAAAGACAAGACCACCAUUCACGUCAUGCCUGAUACUCCAGAUAUUUUACUCUCCAGAGUAAACCAGAUCACCAUGAGUGAUAAACUGUACAAAGCAGGCUGGGAAGAAGAAAAGAAGAAAGGGUAUGACCUGAGGCCUGAUGCUAUCCCAAUAAAGGCUGCAAAAGCCUCUAGAGACAUCGCCAGUGACUACAAAUAUAAGCAAGCCUAUGAACAAACCAAAGGGAAACACAUUGGUUUCCGGAGUCUAGAAGAUGACCCCAAACUAGUACACUUCAUGCAGGUGGCCAAGAUGCAGUCAGACCGAGAAUACAAGAAGGCAUACGAGAAAUCCAAGACAUCCUUCCAAACCCCAGUGGACAUGUUAAGUGUGGUGGCUGCCAAGAAGUCUCAGGAAGUGGCCACCAACACCAACUACAGGAAUGUGAUCCAUACCUACAACAUGCUUCCAGAUGCCAUGAGCCUUGAAUUGGCCAAGAAUAUGAUGCAAAUCCAAAGUGAUAAUCAGUACAAAGCUGACUAUGCCGACUUCAUGAAGGGCAUUGGAUGGCUCCCUCUGGGUUCCUUGGAAGCUGAGAAAAACAAGAAAGCCAUGGAGAUUAUAAGUGAAAAGAAGUACCGCCAGCACCCAGACACUUUGAAGUAUUCCACAUUGAUGGACUCAAUGAAUAUGGUCCUGGCGCAGAAAAAUGCAAAAAUUAUGAAUGAACACCUAUACAAACAAGCAUGGGAGGCUGACAAGACCAAAAUUCACAUCAUGCCUGAUAUCCCCCAGAUUAUUCUGGCGAAGGCAAAUGCUAUUAACAUGAGCGAUAAACUCUACAAACUUUCUUUGGAAGAGUCUAGAAAGAAAGGCUAUGAUCUCAGAACUGAUGCAAUUCCUAUCCAAGCUGCCAAGGCUUCAAGAGAUAUUGCAAGUGAUUAUAAAUACAAGCACAAUUAUGAAAAGGAGAGGGGAAAAAUGGUUGGUUUCCGAAGUCUUGAGGAUGACCCCAAAUUAGUCCAUUCCAUGCAAGUGGCUAAGAUGCAAUCUGAUCGGGAGUACAAGAAAAGCUAUGAGAAGACAAAGACCAGUUACCAAACCCCUGCUGACAUGCUCAGUGUCAUGGCCGCCAAGGAUGCCCAAGCCAACAUCAGCAACACUAACUAUAAGCACCUGAUUCACCAGUACAUCCUCCUUCCAGAUGCAAUGAGCAUUGAGCUGACCAGGAAUAUGAAUCGCAUACAGAGUGAUAACGAAUAUAAGCAGGACUACAAUGAAUGGUACAAAGGGCUUGGCUGGAGUCCAGCUGGUUCUCUAGAAGUGGAGAAGGCCAAGAAGGCAACUGAAUAUGCAAGUGACCAGAACUACCGCCAACACCCUAGCAACUUCCAGUUUAAGAAGCUGAGCGACUCCAUGGACAUGGUGCUUGCCAAGCAGAAUGCACACACCAUGAACAAGCAUUUAUACACCGUUGACUGGAAUAAAGAUAAAACCCAGAUUCACGUCAUGCCAGAUACACCAGAUAUUUUACAGGCCAAGCAGAAUCAAACACAGCUCAGUCAGAAACUCUAUAAACUUGGAUGGGAGGAAGCUUUGAAGAAAGGCUACGAUCUCCCAGUUGAUGCAAUUUCCGUACAGCUGGCCAAAGCUUCAACAGAUAUUGUUAGCGAUCAUAAAUACAAACAAGGCUACCGCAAGCAACUUGGGCACCAUAUUGGGUUCCGGAGUGUGGAAGAUGAUCCAAAGCUUGUAUGGUCCAUGAAUGUAGCCAAAAUGCAAAGUGAAAGGGAAUACAAGAAGGAUUUUGAGAAGUGGAAGACCAGGUACACCAGCCCAGUGGACAUGUUGGGAGUGGUGUUAGCCAAAAAAUGUCAGGACUUGGUCAGUGACGUGGACUACAGGAACAAGCUGCAUCAGUGGACAUGUCUACCAGACCAGAAUGAUGUUAUUCACGCUAAAAAAGCUUAUGAACUACAGAGUGAGAAUAUGUAUAAAUCUGACCUUGAGUGGCUGAAAGGCAUAGGAUGGAGUCCUCUGGGUUCCUUGGAGGCAGAAAAAAACAAGAGGGCUUCAGAAAUCAUCAGUGAUAAGAAAUACCGUCAGCCACCAGACAAAAACAAGUUCACCAGCAUUCCCGAUGCCAUGGACAUAGUUUUGGCAAAGACAAAUGCCAAAAAUAGGAGUGAUAUACUUUAUAGAGAAGCUUGGGACAAGGACAAGACUCAAAUCCACAUCAUGCCUGAUACACCUGGCAUUAUUCUGGCUAAAGCAAACUUAAUCAACACAAGUGAUAAACUCUACCGAAUGGGCUAUGAGGAGCUGAAGAAAAGAGGUUACGAUCUUCCUCUUGAUGCCAUACCAAUCAAAGCAGCAAAAGCAUCCCGGGAAAUUGCCAGCGAAUACAAGUACAAGGAAGGUUUUCGCAAGCAGCUUGGCCACCACGUUGGAGCAAGGAACAUUGAGGACGACCCCAAGAUGAUGUGGUCCAUGCAUGUGGCCAAGAUUCAGAGUGAUAGGGAGUACAAGAAGGACUUUGAGAAGUGGAAGACCAAGUUCAGCAGCCCAGUGGACAUGCUGGGAGUGGUGCUAGCCAAGAAAUGCCAAACCCUGGUCAGUGACAUAGACUACAAGAACGCCCCGCAUCAGUGGACAUGCCUGCCGGACCAGAAUGACGUCACGCAUGCUCGGAGGGCCUACGACCUCCAGAGUGAUAAUUUGUACAAGUCUGAUCUUCAGUGGCUAAAAGGCAUUGGUUGGUUACCUACCGGUUCUGUUGAGGAUGAGAAAAACAAAAGAGCUGCCCAGAUUUUGAGUGACCACGUUUACCGUCAACACCCAGAUAAACUCAAGUUUUCCAGCCUAAUGGACUCCAUACCAAUGGUUUUGGCAAAAAACAAUGCUAUUACCAUGAACCAUCGCCUCUACACAGAAGCUUGGGAUAAAGAUAAAGCCACUGUUCACAUUAUGCCAGACACCCCUGGAGUUAUACUAGCUAAACAAAACCAAAUAAACUAUAGUGAGAAACUGUAUAAACUUGGCCUAGAAGAAGCCAGGAAGAGAGGCUAUGAUAUGCGACUAGAUGCCAUUCCCAUCAAGGCAGCUAAGGCCUCCAGAGAUAUUGCAAGCGAAUUCAAGUACAAAGAAGGCUAUCGCAAGCAACUUGGCCACCACAUUGGUGCCCGAGCUAUUCAUGAUGACCCCAAGAUGAUGUGGUCCAUGCAUGUGGCCAAGAUGCAGAGUGACAGGGAGUACAAGAAGGACUUUGAGAAGUGGAAGACCAAGUUCAGCAGCCCAGUGGACAUGCUGGGGGUGGUGCUGGCCAAGAAGUGUCAGGCCUUGGUCAGUGACAUAGACUAUAAGAACAUCCUGCAUGAGUGGACAUGCCUGCCCGACCAGAAUGAUGUCAUCCAUGCUCGGCAGGCCUAUGACCUCCAGAGCGACAAUAAUUAUAAGUCAGAUCUCCAAUGGUUGAGAGGCAUUGGCUGGGUGCCCAUCGGCUCUGUGGAUGUGGAAAAAUGCAAAAGAGCAACUGAAAUUUUGAGUGAUAAAAUCUACCGCCAGCCUCCAGACGCAUUGAAAUUUACCAGUGUGACUGAUUCCCCAGAACAAGUGUUGGCCAAGAACAAUGCCAUCAACAUGAACAAGCGUUUAUAUACAGAAGCCUGGGACAAAGAUAAGACCCAGAUCCACAUAAUGCCAGACACACCAGAGAUUACCUUGGCAAGAAUGAACAAAAUCAACUACAGUCAGAGCCUGUAUAAACUCGCCAACGAAGAAGCAAAGAAGAAAGGCUAUGACUUACGAGUUGAUGCUAUCCCAAUCGUGGCAGCCAAGGCCUCCAGGGACAUCGCUAGUGACUACAAAUACAAAGAUGGGUACCGCAAGCAGCUUGGCCACCACAUCGGAGCCCGGAACAUUGAGGACGACCCCAAGAUGAUGUGGUCCAUGCAUGUAGCCAAGAUCCAGAGUGACAGGGAGUAUAAGAAGGACUUUGAGAAGUGGAAGACCAAGUUCAGUAGCCCAGUGGACAUGUUGGGAGUGGUGCUAGCCAAGAAGUGCCAGACCUUGGUCAGUGACAUAGACUACAAGAACAUCCUGCAUCAGUGGACGUGCCUACCUGACCAGAAUGACGUCACCCAUGCUCGGCAGGCCUAUGACCUCCAGAGUGACAAUGUUUAUAAGUCAGAUCUCCAGUGGCUGAGAGGCAUUGGCUGGGUCCCCAUUGGGUCUGUGGAUGUGGUCAGGUGCAAGACAGCUGCGGAAAUACUGAGUGAUAACAUCUACCGCCAGCCUGCGGACAAGCUGAAAUUCACCAGUGUGACUGACUCUCCAGAACAGGUGCUGGCCAAGAGCAAUGCCAUCAACAUGAACAAGCGCUUAUACACAGAGGCCUGGGACAAAGACAAGACUCAAAUUCACAUAAUGCCUAAUACACCAGAGAUCAUGUUGGCAAGGCAGAACAAAAUCAACUACAGCGAGAACCUGUAUAAACUCGCCAAUGAAGAAGCAAAGAAGAAAGGCUAUGACUUGCGAAGUGAUGCCAUCCCGAUUGUGGCUGCCAAGGCCUCCAGGGAGAUUGCUAGUGAUUACAAAUACAAAGAUGGUUACCGCAAGCAGCUAGGCCACCACAUUGGAGCCCGGAAAGUUGAGGACGACCCCAAGAUGAUGUGGUCCAUGCAUGCAGCCAAGAUCCAGAGUGACAGGGAGUACAAGAAGGACUUUGAGAAGUGGAAGACCAAGUUCAGUAGCCCAGUGGACAUGCUGGGAGUGGUGCAAGCCAAGAAGUGCCAGACCUUGGUCAGUGACAUAGACUACAAGAACAUCCUGCAUCAGUGGACAUGCCUACCUGAUCAGAAUGACGUCACCCAUGCUCGGCAAGCCUACGAACUCCAGAGUGAUAAUGUUUAUAAGUCAGAUCUCCAGUGGCUGAGAGGCAUUGGCUGGGUCCCCAUUGGGUCUGUGGAUGUGGUCAGGUGCAAGACAGCUGCGGAAAUACUGAGCAAUAACAUCUACCGCCAGCCUGCGGACAAGCUGAAAUUCACCAGUGUAACUGAUUCUCCAGAACAGGUGCUGGCCAAGAGCAAUGCCAUCAACAUGAGCAAGCACUUAUACACAGAAGCCUGGGACAAAGACAAGACCCAAAUCCACAUCAUGCCUGAUACACCUGAAAUUAUGUUGGCCAGAAAAAACAAAAUAAAUUAUAGUGAGAGCCUCUAUCGCCAGGCCAUGGAAGAAGCCAAGAAAGAAGGCUAUGACUUGAGAAGUGAUGCCAUUCCCAUUGUGGCUGCGAAGGCCUCCCGGGAGAUUGCCAGUGAUUACAAAUACAAAGAAGCUUAUCGUAAGCAGCUGGGCCACCACAUUGGUGCCCGAAACAUACGUGAUGACCCCAAGAUCAUGUGGUCCCUCCACGCUGCAAAAAUGCAGAGUGACCGCGAGUAUAAGAAGGAAUUUGAGAAAUACAAGACAAGGUACAGCAGCCCCGUGGACAUGCUUGGUAUCGUCUUAGCCAAGAAAUGUCAGACCUUGGUCAGUGAUGUGGACUACAAACAUCCCCUGCAUGAAUGGACCUGCCUGCCCGACCAGAAUGAUGUCAUUCAUGCACGGAAAGCCUAUGACCUCCAGAGUGACAAUUUGUAUAAGUCAGACCUUGAAUGGUUGAAAGGCAUUGGCUGGGUUCCAAUUGGUUCUGUGGAAGUUGUUAGAGCCAAGAGGGCUGCAGAGAUACUGAGUGAUAAUAUCUACCGUCAGCAUCGAGACAAACUCAAAUUCACCAGUGUGACUGACACCCCAGAGCAAGUGCUGGCAAAGAACAAUGCUAUAACCAUGAGUAAGCGCUUAUAUACUGAAGCCUGGGACAAUGACAAGAAAACAAUCCAUGUCAUGCCUGAUACACCAGAAAUCAUGCUAGCCAAACUCAACCGAAUAAACUACAGUGAUAAACUCUAUAAACUGGCUUUGGAGGAGUCCAGGAAGGAAGGCUGUGACUUGCGUUUGGAUGCCAUUCCAAUCCAAGCAGCCAAGGCUUCAAGAGAUAUUGCUAGUGAUUACAAGUACAAGGAAGGCUACCGCAGUCAGCUCGGCCACCACAUCGGGGCCCGGAAAGUCGAGGAUGACCCCAAGAUGAUGUGGUCCAUCCACGCAGCUAAGAUCCAGAGUGACAGGGAGUACAAGAAGGACUUUCAGAAGUGGAAGACCAAGUUCAGCAGCCCAGUGGACAUGCUGGGAUUGGUUCAGGCCAAGAAGUGUCAGAUCCUUGUAAGCGACAUAGACUAUAAGCAUCCCCUGCAUGAAUGGAUGUGCCUGCCGGAUCAGAACGACAUCAUCCAGGCUCGGAAGGCAUAUGACCUGCAGAGUGAUUCUAUUUACAAGGCUGAUCUUGAGUGGCUGAGAGGUAUUGGAUGGGUUCCCAUUGACUCUGUAGAGGUCAAGAGGGUGAAGAGAGCUGGAGAUAUCCUGAGUGAAAGGAAAUACCGCCGGCCUGCAGACCAGCUCAAAUUCACAUGCAUUACGGACACUCCAGAAAUUGUCCUGGCAAAGAACAAUGCCCUGACAAUGAGCAAGCACUUAUAUACAGAAGCCUGGGAUACUGACAAAACCUCUAUCCACGUGAUGCCUGACACUCCUGCAAUCAUAUUGGCCAAGACCAAUUCUGCCAAUAUCAGCCAAAAACUUUACACUAAGGGAUGGGAUGAAUCAAAGAUGAAAGACUAUGAUCUGAGAGCAGACGCUAUUCCCAUUAAAAGGGCCAAGGCCUCGAGAGACAUCGCCAGUGAUUACAAGUACAAAGAAGCAUAUGAGAAACAGAGGGGUCACCACAUUGGAGCCCAGAGUGUUGAAGAUGACCCCAAGAUAAUGUGUGCCAUACAUGCAGGGAAGAUUCAAAGUGAAAGGGAGUAUAAGAAGGAUUUCCAGAAGUGGAAGACCAAGUUCAGUAGCCCAGUGGACAUGUUAAGCAUCUUGCAGGCCAAAAAAUGUCAGACUUUGGUCAGCGACAUUGAUUAUCACAAUUACCUGCACCACUGGACAUGCCUACCUGAUCAAAAUGACAUUAUCCAAGCAAGGAAGGCCUAUGAACUGCAGAGUGAUAGUGUGUAUAAAGCAGACCUGGAGUGGCUGCGUGGCAUUGGCUGGAUGCCAGAAGGCUCGGUAGAAAUAAACAGAGUGAAGAAUGCUCAGGACCUGGUGAAUGAAAGACUCUAUAGAACGCGACCAGAAGCCUUGAAAUUCACUUCCGUUGUUGACACCCCAGAAGUUGUCCUGGCUAAAGCCAAUUCUCUGCAAAUGAGCGGGAAGCUGUAUCACGAAGCCUGGAAUAAAGAUAAGGCCAACAUUAACAUCCCUUCUGACACGCCUACUAUGCUGCAGGCCCAGAUCAAUGCCUUGCAUAUCAGCAAAAAACUCUACCAAAAAGACUGGGAUGAGGCCAAGCAGAAAGGCUAUGAUAUACGAGCAGAUGCCAUUGAAAUCACACAUGCAAAAGCCUCAAGAGAAAUUGCCAGUGAGUACAAAUACAAAGAAGGUUACCGUAAGCAACUGGGCCACCACGUGGGUUUCCGCACUCUACAAGAUGACCCCAAGUUGGUAUGGUCUAUACAUGCUGCCAAAAUUCAGAGUGACAGAGAAUACAAGAAAGCUUAUGAGAAGUCUAAAGGAAUUCACAAUACACCGUUGGACAUGAUGUCCAUUGUUCAAGCCAAGAAAUGCCAGGUCCUGGUUAGCGACAUUGAUUAUCGCAAUUACCUACACCAAUGGAUGUGUCUGCCAGAUCAGAAUGAUGUGAUCCAGGCGAAGAAAGCCUAUGAACUGCAGAGCGAUAACGUGUACAAAUCAGACCUGGAAUGGCUGAAGGGUAUUGGAUGGUUGCCAGAGGGUUCUGUGGACGUGAUGAGAGUGAAGAAUGCUCAGAAUCUCGUGAAUGAAAGGUUGUAUCGUACAAGGCCUGAGGCCCUCAAAUUCACCAGCAUCGUAGAUACCCCUGACGUAGUCCUUGCGAAGAUCAAUUCCGUACAGAUCAGUCAGCCAUUGUAUCGUGAUGCUUGGGACAGAGAGAAGGCUAACGUGAAUGUGCCAGCUGACACCCCGCUGAUGCUGCAGUCCAAGAUCAAUGCAUUACAAAUCAGCAACAAACGUUAUCAGCAAGCUUGGGAAGAUGUCAAGAUGACCGGCUAUGACCUGCGAGCAGAUGCUAUUGGAAUCAAGCAUGCCAGGGCGUCCAGGGAUAUUGCCAGUGAUUACCUGUACAAAACUGCUUAUGAGAAACAGAAAGGCCAUUAUAUUGGAUGUCGCAAUGCCAAGGAAGAUCCUAAGCUGGUUUGGGCAGCAAAUGUCUUGAAAAUGCAGAAUGACAGGCUGUACAAAAAGGCCUACAAUGACCACAAGGCCAAGAUCUCCAUCCCCGUGGACAUGGUGUCCAUCGAAGCUGCCAAAGAAGGCCAGGCAUUAGCAAGCAAUGUGGACUAUCGCCAUUACUUCCACCAUUGGUCUUGCUUUCCGGACCAGAAUGAUGUGAUCCAAGCUAGGAAAGCCUAUGACCUGCAGAGUGAUGCCAUCUACAAGGCUGACUUGGAGUGGUUGCGUGGCAUUGGAUGGAUGCCCCAAGGGUCUCCUGAAGUAUUGAGAGUCAAGAAUGCCCAGGAGAUCCUACGAGACAGUGUCUAUCGGACACCUGUGGUGAAAUUUAAGUACACAAGUAUCGUUGACACUCCUGAAGUUGUCCUCGCUAAAUCAAAUUCUGAAAAUAUUAGUAUUCCAAAGUACAGAGAAGUUUGGGACAAGGAUAAAACUUCCAUCCAUAUAAUGCCAGAUACUCCAGAAAUUAAUCUAGCAAGAGCAAAUGCUCUUAAUGUGAGCAAAAAACUUUACCGAGACGGUUGGGAUCAGAUGAAGAUGAGCUGUGAUGUACGGCUAGAUGCCAUCCCUAUUCAGGCUGCCAAGGCCUCCCGGGAGAUUGCCAGUGAUUAUAAAUACAAGAUUGACCACGAGAAGCAGAAGGGCCACUAUGUGGGUACCCGCACAGCCAGGGAUGACAACAAGAUCCGCUGGGCCCUCAUAGCUGGCAAGAUUCAGAAUGAAAGAGAGUACCGGCUGCAUUGGGCCAAAUGGAAGACCAAGUUCCAAAGCCCUGCAGAUAUGCUUUCCAUCUCACAGUCUAAAAAAUGUCAGACUCUGGUUAGCAACAUCGAUUACCGUAAUUACCUACACCAGUGGAUAUGCCUGCCUGACCAGAACGACGUGAUUCAGGCCAAGAAAGCCUAUGAACUGCAAAGCGAUGCUGUUUACAAGGCUGAUUUGGAAUGGUUACGCGGGAUUGGGUGGUUGCCAAAUGAUUCCGUUUCUGUCAAUCACGCCAAACAUGCUGCGGAUAUCUUCAGUGAGAAAAAAUAUCGCACAAAAAUAGAAACUCUCAACUUUACCCCUGUGGAUGACAGAGUUGAUUAUGUGACAGCAAAACACAGUGGUGAGAUUCUAAAUGAUAUUAAAUACCGGAAAUAUUGGAAUGACAACAAAUCCAAGUACACCCUCACAGAAACCCCCCUCCUGCACACUGCCCAGGAGGCGGCCCGGAUACUAGACCAGUACCUGUACAAGGAAAGCUGGGAGAAGCAAAAAGCCACAGGUUAUAUUUUGCCUCCCGAUGCCGUGCCGUUUGUUCAUGCCCACCACUCUGGUGAUGUUCAGAGUGAGCUGAAAUACAAAGCCGAGCAUGUAAAGCAAAGGGGCCAUUACGUUGGUGUUCCCACAAUGAGAGAUGAUCCUAAACUGGUUUGGUUUGAGCAUGCAGGCGAGAUUCAAAAUGACAGACUAUACAAAGUGGACUAUCACAAAACAAAGGCCAAAAUCAAUAUACCUGCUGAUAUGGUAUCCAUCUUGGCUGCCAAGGAGGGGCAAAGCCUUGUCAGUGACAUUGAUUACCGUAAUUACCUGCACCAAUGGAUAUGUCACCCUGACCAAAAUGAUGUUAUUCAGGCAAGGAAGGCCUAUGACCUACAGAGUGAUAAUAUCUACAAAGCUGACCUGGAGUGGCUCCGAGGCAUUGGCUGGAUCCCCCUGGAUUCUGUGGACCAUGUGAGGGUUUCUAAGAACCAGGAUAUGAUAAGUCAGAUAAAAUAUAAGAAAGAUGCUCUAGACAACUACCCUAAUUUUACAAAUGUGGUGGAUCCUCCAGAGAUUGUUUUGGCCAAGAUUAACUCAGUCAAUCAAAGUGAUGUGAAAUAUAAAGAAACAUUUAAUAAACACAAGGGCAAAUAUAUAUUUUCUCCAGAUACACCUCAUAUCACCCACUCCAAAGACAUGGGGAAACUCUAUAGUACUAUACUGUACAAGGGGGCAUGGGAGGGAACCAAGGCCUAUGGCUAUACCUUGGAUGAGCGCUAUAUCCCCAUUGUUGGUGCCAAGCAUGCUGACUAUGUAAAUAGCGAGCUUAAAUACAAAGAGACAUAUGAGAAGCUGAAGGGCCACUACCUGGCUGGAAAAGAAAUCAGCGAGUUCCCUGGUGUGAUUCACUGUCUGGAUUUCCAAAAGAUGAGGAGUGCGUUGAACUACAGAAGACAUUAUGAGGACACCAAAGCAAAUGUUCAUAUUCCCAAUGACAUGAUGAAUCACGUCCUGGCUAAAAAAUGCCAGUACAUCCUCAGCGAUCUGGAGUAUCGGCACUACUUUCACCAGUGGACAUCUGUUCCAGGAGAACCCAACGUUAUACGUGUCCGAAACGCCCAGGAAAUACUGAGUGAUAAUGUGUAUAAAGAUGACUUGAAUUGGCUGAAAGGCAUUGGAUGCUACGUUUGGGAUACACCCCAGAUCCUGCAGGCCAAGAAAGCAUAUGACCUCCAGAGUCAGAUACAAUACACGGCAGCAGGUAAAGAAAACCUACAAAACUAUAAUAUGGUCACAGAUACACCACUUUAUGUGACUGCUCUUCAAAGUGGCAUUAAUGCCAGUGAGGUGAAAUAUAAAGAAAAUUAUCAUCAGAUUAAGGACAAAUAUACGACAGUUCUAGAAACAGUGGAUUAUGACAGAACCAAGAAUCUGAAGAGUCUUUAUAGCAGUAACCUGUACAAGGAGGCCUGGGAUAGAGUAAAAGCCACCAGCUAUAUUCUGCCUUCCAGCACCAUGUCCCUGACACACGCCAAGAACCAGAAGCAUCUGGCCAGCAAUAUCAAAUAUCGGGAAGAAUAUGAAAAGUUCAAAGCUCUUUAUACUUUACCAAGAAGUGUUGACGAUGAUCCGAACACAGCUCGAUGCCUCCGAGUUGGCAAGCUUAACAUUGAUCGUCUGUACAGAUCAGUUUAUGAAAAGAACAAGAUGAAAAUCCACAUUGUGCCCGACAUGGUGGAGAUGGUUACUGCUAAAGAUACUCAGAAGAAAGUCAGUGAGAUCGAUUACCGCCGACACCUCCAUGAAUGGAUUUGCCACCCUGACUUGCAAGUUAACAGCCACGUCCGGAAAGUCACAGAUCAGAUCAGUGAUAUUGUGUACAAGGAUGACCUCACCUGGCUGAAAGGGAUUGGAUGCUUUGUCUGGGACACUCCUGAAAUUCUCCAUGCCAAACACGCUUAUGAUCUACGCAACGAUAUCAAGUACAAAGCUCACGCACAGAAAACGAAAAACGACUACAAGCUAGUCAUUGAUACGCCAGUCUACGUCCAAGCUGUCAAAAGCGGGAAACAGCUGAGUGAUGCUGUCUACCACCAUGACUAUAUACGCAGUGUCAGAGGCAAAGUGGCUCCAACUACUAAAACUGUGGAUCUGGACCGUGCACUGCAUGCAUACAAGCUCCAGAGUGAGAACCUGUACCGACGACCUGGCCUGCGCUUCCUGCCUACCGGAUAUCGGCUUCCAGUUGAUACCCCUCACUUCAAACACAACAAGAACACCCGAUACAUGAGCAGUUAUUUCAAGUACAAAGAAGUUUAUGAGCACAUCAAGGCAAAUGGGUAUACACUUGGCCCCAAAGAUGUUCCAUUUGUCCAUGUCCGGAGGGCCAACAAGGUUACCAGUGAGAGACUGUAUCGAGAAUUGUAUCACAAAUUGAAAGACAAGAUUCACACAACUCCUGACACACCUGAAAUCCGCCAGGUCAAAAAGACACAAGAAGCUGUCAGUGAGUUAAUCUACAAAUCAGACUUCUUCAAGAUGCAAGGCCACAUGAUCUCCUUACCAUACACACCCCAAGUGCUCCAUUGCCGCUACGCGGGUGACAUCUCCAGUGAUAUUAAAUACAAAGAGGACUUGCAGGUCCUGAGGGGCAUGGGCUGCUUCCUGUAUGACACUCCCGACAUGGUCCGCUCCCGGCACCUACGGAAGUUGUGGUCUAAUUACGUGUAUACUGAUAAAGCAAGGAAGAUGCGCGACAAAUACAAAGUGGUGCUUGACACUCCAGAAUACAGAAAAGUGCAGGAACUGAAGACACAUCUAAGUGAGCUGGUGUACAGAGCUUCGGGCAACAAGCAAAAAUCAAUCUUCACUUCAGUUCCUGAUACUCCUGAUCUUUUAAGAGCCAAGAGAGGGCAGAAGCUUCAGAGUCAGUAUCUGUAUAUUGAACUUGCCACCAAAGAGAGACCCCAUCAUCACGCUGGCAACCAGACUAAAGCCUUGAAGCAUGCUAAAGACGUGAAGGACAUGGUCAGCGAGAAAAAGUACAAGAUUCAGUAUGAGAAGAUGAAGGACAAGUACACCCCAGUGCCAGAUACGCCGAUCCUCAUCAGAGCUAAGAAGGCUUACUGGAAUGCCAGUGAUCUACGCUACAAAGAAACAUUUCAAAAGACCAAGGGAAAAUACCACACUGUGAAGGAUGCUCUGGACAUCGUUUAUCAUCGCAAAGUCACAGACGACAUCAGUAAAGUGAAGUACAAGGAGAACUACAUGAGCCAGCUGGGAAUUUGGAGGUCCAUCCCUGAUCGCCCAGAGCACUUCCACCACCGGGCAGUCACUGAUGCAAUCAGUGAUGUAAAAUAUAAAGAAGAUUUGACCUGGCUGAAGGGCAUUGGUUGCUAUGCCUAUGAUACCCCUGACUUUAAUCUGGCUGAAAAGAACAAGACUCUCUACAGCAAGUAUAAGUAUAAAGAAGUAUUUGAAAGGACCAAGUCAGAUUUCAAGUAUGUUGCCGACUGUCCAAUCAAUAGACAUUUCAAAUAUGCAACUCAACUGAUGAAUGCGAAAAAAUACAGAGCUGAUUAUGAGCAGCGGAAAGAUAAAUACCACCUGGUGGUCGAUGAGCCUAGACAUCUGCUGGCUAAGACCGCAGGCGAACAGAUCAGCCAGAUCAAGUACAGGAAAAAUUAUGAAAAAUCAAAAGACAAAUUCACCUCAAUUGUGGACACUCCAGAACACCUGCGGACUACCAAAGUCAACAAACAGAUCAGUGAUAUACUUUAUAAACUGGAAUACAACAAGGCCAAACCCAGAGGCUAUACCACAAUCCAUGACACCCCCAUGUUGCUGCAUGUCCGAAAGGUUAAGGAUGAAGUCAGUGAUCUGAAAUACAAAGAAGACUACCACCGAAGUAAGUCCAACUGCACCAUCAAGCCAGAUGCUGUUCAUAUCAAAGCAGCCAAGGAUGCCUACAAAGUCAAUACCAACCUGGACUACAAGAAGCUGUAUGAAGCAAACAAAGCCCGCUGGAGGUGGACUCCUGACCGACCCGACUUCAUCCAGGCAGCCAAGUCAUCCCUGCAGCAAAGCGAUUUUGAAUACAAGCUGGACCGAGAGUUCCUCAAAGGUUGCAAGCUUUCUGUCACUGAUGAUAAAGAUAUGGUCCUGGCCCUGAGGAAUUCUUUGAUCGAAAGUGACCUGAAAUACAAAGAGAAACAUGUCAAGGAAAGAGGAACCUGCCACGCUGUGCCCGACACUCCUCAGAUCCUACUGGCAAAGACUGUCAGCCAUCUGGUGUCCGAGAACAAGUACAAGGACCAUGUCAAGAAGCACUUGGCCCAGGGCUCGUACACAACACUGCCAGAGACCCGUGACACUGUUCAUGUCAAGGAAGUGACCAAGCAUGUCAGUGACACAAAUUACAAAAAGAAGUAUGUCAAGGAGAAAGGAAAGUCCAACUACUCUAUCAUGCUGGAGCCACCAGAGGUGAAACACGCUAUGGAAGUGGCCAAGAAGCAGAGUAACGUUGCUUACAAAAAAGAUGCCAAAGAGAAUCUGCAUUAUACCACAGUGGCAGAUCGACCAGACAUUAAGAAGGCCACGCAAGCAGCCAAACAGGCCAGUGAGGUGGAAUACAGAGCUAAACACCGCAAGGAAGGCAGUCAUGGCUUAAGCAUGCUUGGUCGCCCAGACAUUGAAAUGGCCAAGAAGGCAGCCAAGCUGAGCAGCCAGGUGGAAUACCUCAAAGACCAAAGGAGAGGGCACGGGCACGGCGCCGCAUCUUAUGACACCCCUAUGAUGAGGCAUCUUAAGAAAAUUAAUGUGCUCAUCAGUGAUAUUAAAUAUCGAGAAAAUUUCGACAAAGAGAAGGGCAAGACGCCAAAAUACAAUCCAAGAGACAGCCAGCUCUACAAAGUCAUGAAAGAUGCUAAUAAUCUCACAAGUGAGGUUAAAUAUAAGGCAGACCUAAAGAAACUUCACAAACCUGUGACUGACAUGAAGGAAUCGCUGAUAAUGAAUCAUGUCCUGAAUACCAGCCACCUUGCCAGUUCUUACCAGUACAAGAAGAACUAUGAGAAGAGUAAAGGCCACUACCACACCAUUCCUGAUAACCUGGAGCAGCUUCAUCUAAAAGAGGCCACAGAUAUACAGAGUAUAGUGAAAUACAAGGAAAAGUAUGAAAAGGAACGAGGCAAGCCCAUGCUGGACUUUGAAACACCAACAUACAUCACUGCCAAAGAGUCUCAGCAAAUGCAGAGUGGGAAAGAAUAUAGGAGAGAUUAUGAAGAGUCCAUUAAAGGCAGAAAUCUGACUGGCCUGGAGGUCACACCAGCUUUAUUACACGUCAAAUAUGCCACCAAAAUAGCCAGCGAGAAAGAGUACAGGAAAGAUCUAGAAGAAAGCAUCCGUGGGAAGGGCCUCACUGAAAUGGAAGAUACCCCUGACAUGCUUAGGGCAAAGAACGCCACGCAAAUCCUCAACGAGAAAGAGUAUAAGAGAGACCUGGAGCUAGAAGUCAAAGGAAGAGGCCUGAAUGCCAUGGCCAAUGAAACUCCUGAUUUUAUGAGAGCCAGGAAUGCUACUGAUAUUGCCAGUCAGAUUAAAUACAAGCAAUUGGCAGAAAUGGAAAAAGCCAAUUUCACGUCUGUGGUUGAUACUCCGGAGAUCAUUCAUGCCCAACAAGUCAAGAACCUUUCAAGUCAGAAAAAGUACAAGGAAGAUGCAGAGAAGUCCAUGUCAUAUUAUGAGACUGUUCUGGACACCCCUGAGAUGCAGAGAGUCCGGGAGAACCAAAAGAACUUCAGCCUUCUCCAAUACCAGGGUGACCUUAAAAGCAGUAAAGGAAAAAUUACGGUUGUUCAAGACACGCCAGAAAUACUGCGUGUUAAGGAAAAUCAAAAGAAUUUCAGCUCGGUUUUAUAUAAAGAGGAUGUCUCACCAGGAACGGCGAUUGGAAAGACUCCUGAGAUGUUGAGAGUGAAAGAAACCCAGGACCACAUUAGCUCGGUGAAGUAUAAGGAAGCAAUUGGACAAGGAACUCCGAUUCCUGACCUGCCUGAAGUGAAACGUGUUAAGGAGACACAGAAGCACAUUAGCUCGGUUAUGUACAAAGAAAACUUGGGAACAGGCAUUCCAACCCCUGUCACUCCAGAGAUUCAGAGAGUCAGACGCAAUCAAGAGAACUUUAGCUCGGUUUUGUACAAAGAAAAUUUGGGGACAGGAACCCCAACACCUAUCACUCCAGAGAUGGAGAGAGUCAAACGCAAUCAAGAGAACUUUAGCUCGGUGUUAUACAAAGAAAACAUGGGCAAGGGAACCCCUUUACCUGUCACUCCAGAGAUGGAGAGAGUCAAACACAAUCAAGAAAAUAUUAGCUCGGUGUUAUACAAAGAAAACAUGGGCAAGGGAAUCCCUUUACCUGUCACUCCGGAGAUGGAGAGAGUCAAACACAAUCAAGAAAAUAUUAGCUCGGUGUUAUACAAAGAAAACAUGGGCAAGGGAACCCCUUUACCUGUCACUCCAGAGAUGGAGAGAGUCAAACACAAUCAAGAAAAUAUAAGCUCGGUGUUAUACAAAGAAAACAUGGGCAAGGGAACCCCUUUACCUGUCACUCCAGAGAUGGAGAGAGUCAAACACAAUCAAGAAAAUAUUAGCUCGGUUUUGUACAAAGAAAAUGUGGGGAAAGGCACCCCAACCCCUGUCACUCCAGAGAUGCAGAGAGUCAAACGCAAUCAAGAAAACAUUAGCUCGGUGUUAUACAAAGAGAAUCUGGGGAAAGCAACCCCCACACACUUUACUCCCGAGAUGGAAAGAGCCAAACGCAAUCAAGAAAACUUUAGCUCGGUAUUGUACAAAGAGAAUUUGAGGAGAGCGACUUCGACACCUGUUACUCCAGAGAUGGAGAGAGCUAAGCGCAACCAGGAAAACAUUAGCUCGGUACUAUAUUCUGACAGCUUCCGGAAACAAAUUCAAGGCAAAGCUGCCUAUGUCUUGGACACUCCAGAGAUGAGGCGGGUGAGGGAGACCCAACGGCACAUCUCAACCGUAAAAUAUCAUGAAGACUUUGAAAAACACAAGGGUUGCUUCACACCAGUGGUGACGGACCCUAUCACUGAACGAGUAAAGAAGAACACUCAGGACUUCAGUGACAUUAACUACCGAGGUAUUCAGAGAAAAGUGGUAGAGAUGGAACAAAAACGAAACGACCAGGACCAGGAGACUAUUACAGGUUUGCGCGUCUGGCGUACUAACCCUGGCUCAGUUUUUGACUAUGAUCCAGCAGAAGACAACAUUCAAUCUCGAAGCUUACACAUGAUUAAUGUGCAAGCCCAGCGUAGGAACCGGGAGCAGUCACGAUCUGCCAGCGCGCUGAGCAUUAGUGGGGCCGAGGAGAAGUCUGAGCAUUCUGAAGCUGCCGACCACCGUCUCUCCACCUACAGCGACGGGGGCAUCUUCUUGAAUGCAACUUCAACAGCUUACAAACAGGUGAAAACAACAGAGCUCCCACAACAACGAUCAUCUUCAGUUGCUACCCAGCAGACCACAGUAUCUUCUAUCCCAUCUCAUCCAUCUACUGCUGGAAAAAUCUUCCGUGCCAUAUAUGACUAUAUGGCUGCUGAUGCAGAUGAGGUGUCCUUCAAAGAUGGCGACGCUAUUGUAAAUGUUCAAGCUAUCGAUGAAGGUUGGAUGUAUGGCACUGUGCAGAGGACAGGCAGAACAGGCAUGCUUCCAGCCAACUAUGUUGAAGCUAUUUAGGUGCUUCAAAGCAUCCAUCACUCUUAUCAGCCAGACUCACAAAUCCUGUGGUGAACAAUUGUUUAGACUCUCCACUACUACCCAAGUUCUCAAGCUGCCUAAUGGUUUUUCUGUCAGUAUGAUUUAUGAUGGUUCCAACCUUGUUUCUAUGUGAACCCCAAUGAUUCUCCAGUAAAACAAACAUUAACAUCACUAACUUUUCCAAUUAUUGAACUAGAUUUACUUUCCUCAUUAUUUUCUGGACUUGCACAUAAAAUUUAGAGGCAACAUUAAAUCUCUAAGUUCUUUAUUUUAAAAACUGCCAUUAUUAAAUUUCCUUUUGGGUUUUAAAGUAAAUUUCAGAAUAGACAUUUUGAGCUUCUGCAUUGUUAUAUUACGGUUCCAUCAACCCAGAGUUGUUCUUCAUGAUGAAAAUGUUUAACAUUAUUUCUUUCUAGAACGAGGAUUCUGAACACGCUGAACACAUUAAAGUGGCAAGUGUCACCUUUUCCUUGCUUACCUAAUGCUGAUGCUUUUAUUUCUAAUCCAGUUCUGAAGUUAUAAAGCUGAUAUUUAAUGUAAACUGGUGAUAAGUUGGUAACUAAUAAAAUCUGUAAUUCUGCAAUCAACUCCACUGCUGGAAUGUGCAUUACUUAUUUUUAAUGGUUUUAAAAUCUACAAAAAUUUUCAAAUAAAGCAAACUUUUUUUUAAAAAAGUAGUUAAAGAUGCACACAAGUAUACCUUCUCAAAACCUUAUCUAUACUGCUCCAUAAGCUUUCCUUAUGGCUCAGAUUAUAACAUUUUUAGAAACAGCUGUGGGAUCCCAGGCUGACCUCAGGCAUCGUUCCCACCUGUAUCCAGUGGACUGGCAGCAUGUGGCAGAGCAUUAGCAUCUCAAAGCCGGGAGUGCCAACCAAUAGUGGCUUAAUGGAAGACUACCAUUCCUAAAAAGCAAAAGAUCUUUCCAUAUAAGUUUGGAGCUAUAGUAACACUGCUGCCCUCAUUUCUUAGUCUGAGACUCGCAGAGUGUGACUGCCUUAAGAAUGCAUGCUUGAAAAUGCUUAGUGAGUACACCUACUGUAUGCUAGGCCUUGUGGUAGAUGUUGGGGUCCAAGUGAUGAUGAAUGGAGCUUACAGUCCCAAAAAAUGUCAGGCCAUGUCUAUACAUGCUAAUGGUGGGACAGAGAGCCAUUCUCUCACUCCCAAGUCUUAAAUCUUGGCUUAAACUGGACUAAAAUUUUAGGUGAAGCUAGACAAGAAUCCCAUUGUGCAAUAUACAUUUUUUUUUCUCCAAACAUUAGAAACACUCAAAAGUAUAUGCUGUUUUAGUUACAAUGGAUUGAUCGGUUUUUUUAAAUUCAACUUUUAGGUCUGUAAAAGCACACUUUGGAGUUGCUAUUGCAAAGACAGAUGCAACUUUAAUGCUCUGCCUGAUUUUUAAGUUUGGAAAAUUCUAAACACAUACAAAAAUAGAAUCCUCCUGUACCCACCAUCUAGUCUCAAAAACAUAAACCCAGUUGAAUCUCAUUUCCCUCUACUCCACCAAUGCCCUUCUUCCAUUAUCUUAAAGUGUAUCCUAUUAAAUCUCAUUUUAGUAGGCAUCCUUAAAAGGACUCUUACAAUCAUGACCAUGCUAACAAAUUGACAGUAGUCAAUAUCUAGUGUUCAACUUUUCCUGUUCAUCUCACUUUUUCCAUGUAAAUUCCCUUCCCAGCUCUCCCCAUGUGCCACUGUUGAAAGCACAAUGCCUCCAGGGAAAUCCUUUGUGUCUACCACCACACAGAGUCACAGGACUACAGGGAUCCAGAGGACCUUAGCGACCAGAUAAUCAUUCCAUCUUCAAAAGGUUCAUAAAAACGACAUCUGUGGGUCACAUCUGAGUUCAGUUCUCAUGGCACUAUCCUAUGCUAUACUCUUGUGAAAUCCAUCUUUCAAUAUUACUGUUUACCUUUAUUUUUUCAAACUUAGAACUAUAGAUUUAGAAAUCCACGGAACCCAUAAAACCAUAAACGAAGCAAAGAACCUUAUGGUUGAAAAGCAGGCCAUAAGAAUAUGGAUGGUCCACAUUUGUGGAAGGAUACAAUAUUCAAUUAUGCUGUUUGGUUAUUAAUUUCAGGUCUCACUUAAAAAAAAAAACAAGUAACAGAAUUGUUGACAUUUCAUAGCUUUAUUUCAGAUAAAAGUGCAUUUUCUAAAAAAAGUUUCAUUAUCCAGUUUCAAUUUCCAAGUGGUAACAGUUCUCAAUAAUUCAUGAAAGUUUUACUGUGGAUCAGACAUAGAUUCUUUGUCCCUCAACCCAAUCAUAACUAACUAGAAAAUACUAACUUCAUUAGUGUAGGUCUACCACUUCAAACUUUGUAUGAAACAUUACACAAUCAAAGCAAACUGCAUACCAUUUACUAGUGAAGUUAAUUAAGGACUGAAUAGGUAAUUCUGCGAAGUUCCAACUUUAAUCAUUUGAAAGACUUAUCAAAUAUAAAUAUUUUGUGAAUGUAAAACUAAGCUCUCUUAGAGUUUAACAAAUUUGGGGGACAAAAAUAUUACAGGGUUAAUAAAUGACUGAUUUGCUUUCUAUCAGUCUUUUUCCAACUGCAUACUGGUCAUGUCUUUCCACAGGAGGUAGUGUUAAGAUAGGUUGAAAGCAAUUGAUAACUCACCAACACAGAAAGCAAACACUCCAUACCCCAAAUGAUCUAUCUCACAGGUGUGAUUUCAUGUUCACAUGCCAUGUGAGCUAUCUCUGGAGCACAAGGUGCCUUUUCUUCAGAUCAUCAAGGUCCCUUAAAAGCCAUGGCAAACACAUAACUAUCAUUUGAGACUUAAAUAAGGGAAAAAAACGUGUACUAGAAGACUAGUAUCUCCUAGUAUACGUGCAUUUGAGCAACGGUAACAGACAUGAAUGGAAUUAGGGGAACUGUUUUAUAAACUAAAAUCUAAACAGUGAUAAUAUAAUUAAGGAAUGUUAUCAAGAUCCCCAUUCCACCAGCUGACUACAUGCCAUAUAUAAACAAAGCUAUUCUCUGUAACACGGGUUGACAAACUUUAUGUAAAGGGCCAGACUGUAAGUAUUUUAGACUUUGCCAGCGACACAGUCAGAACUACUCAACUUUGCCUUGUAGUGCAAAAGCAACUAUAGACAAUGUGCAAAUAGGCGUGACUGUUCCAAUAAAGCUUUAAUUACAGAAACUGUAAUUUCAAUUUCAUGUAUUUUCAUGUGCCAGAAAAUAUUAUUCCUUUGAUUUUUUUCAACCAUUAAAAAAAUGUAAGUCAUUUUUGACUCACAGGCUGUAGUUUGCCAAUCUGUUCUAUAAAAAUUUACUAGUUAAGGCUACUGUCCUUCAGUUUUUAUACUCAAAAGUGAUUCUACUCUCAAUUCCAUUUUCCUUUAUGAAAACCCAUUCUAUAAAAAUAUUCUUCAGACACAUUAGUUAUGUAUCAAAAUAGCUAUUACAUUAUAGUCUAUAUUCAGUUCCAUGAUACUUAUUCUGUAAGUUAACUCUCUAGUUUAUGUGCAGUUUAUCCAUUUAAGAAACACAAAUUGCCUUUUGUUAGAAAUUAUUAAUGUACUGUUUUUAGGGGCAGGGUAUUGAAUUAAUAACGUAUAUUUGUAAUAAUAACUGAAGAUAUUUGAGCAUCAAUUAUGGCACUGUAUUAUGUAUAGAGAAGCUUUCAGGGACCACUCAUUGCCAGUUAUUUUCAAAGUAUAUAGACUGUCCCUAUACUAAAUGGUCUAAUUGCUCUAUUAAUAUUUUGGUCCAAUCUGUCUUUCCCUUUGACUUCAUCACUUCUCAGUGCAUCAAACCCUAUCAAUAUACACCUUUGCUAGCUAAUAAGUUUAGUUUCAUCCAGAAUUAUAGAUUGGUAUACUGUGGCCUAAAGGUAGUAUUUCCUCUAUUUAAGAGUAUAAAAGCUUGUGUAGGUUCUUUUCUUCCAUGUGACAUCAACCAUUGAAAAUACUGUCUUCAAUUUUAUAGUUUCAGGUAAGGGGAGUGGUUAUCUUUUAUUCUAACGGUACUUUCCAGGAAAGUUAAGCAUUUACCACUUGGCAUCUCAUGUCUGGUUUUACUUGUUCUUUUGAGAGGAAAGGUGUGGAGCCCUGGCGGUACAGUAGUUAAGAGCUCAGCUGCUAACCAGAAAGUAGGUAGUUCUGCUCUGUCCUAUGGGGUCACUGUGAGUCGGAAUUGACUCAAUGACAAUGAGUUUUUAAGAUGAAAAGUCUUGGUAUAUAAAGGAAAAAAUGGUUAGGAAGACCAUAUUGUAAAAUUUAAUAUUCCAAGAACUGAGUAAACCCUCAUUUUGUUAGACUAGUAUUCUAUUAUCUUUAGAUGGUCAAACCCAAAUGACUCAGAUUAAAAAAAAAAGAAAAAAAAACCUGGCACAUAGUAAUAGAUGUAUCAUUAUUU